AUGAAGAUUAACAUUGCCACCAUUACCCUCGCUUUAAUUGCCCUCUUGUUGGUUUUCACCACUGUUUCCGCUACUGAAUGCCCUCAGUUCAUCCCAGUCUGUCAAGUAGGUACCCGUCUUGCCUUCAAAAAGGUUGGAGACUGUGAGAUUCCACAUUGCGUUCCAUGUCCAAGAAUCGGUAUUGUUGUCAGCUGUGCACCAAAUGAAACAAGCGUUUCGACAGGCGGACAAUGUCCAACCUUCUACUGUGUCAAAAACGAAUAA